CCUGCCUCUCUACAUCAAUGUAAGCUUUUAUUUAGGCUGCAGGGAAACAUCUGCAACUAGAUACUUGUGCUCUGUAAGGAUUAGYACAGACAUUAAAAAAAUUAGGAAAGCGACAUCAUUUGUUGAAGUGAAGAGGCACAAAGGUCUCUCCUUUGCAAAGGGUCUUGCUACAGCAAAAUGGAUAUUUUCAUGGAUAGAGGUUUUGCUGUGACUGCCAACAGCAGCCAUGAAACGGGAGGACCAGGAGGCAACAAGGGCCAAGGACUUAAUCACAGUGACCCACUGGACAUGUUUGUAGGCAUGGAGCUUCUGCAGCGAUUCAGACCACUCUUCCUGCCGCUUUACUGCCUCGUAGUGGUCGUCGCAGGUGUUGGAAACACAUUCCUGUUGGCUUGCAUCUUGGCCGACAAGAAACUCCACAACGUCACCAACUUCUUUAUCGGUAACCUGGCAGCGGGCGACCUGCUGAUGUGUUUGAGCUGUGUUCCACUGACUGUGUCUUACGCCUUCGACAGCCACGGCUGGGCUUUUGGACGACCUCUGUGCCACUUGGUCCCCUUGCUGCAGUGUGCCACGGUGUUUGCCUCGGUGCUGUCGCUCACUGCCAUCGCAGUUGAUCGCUAUAUUGUUGUGGCUCACCCAAUACGGAAAAGGAUUUCUGUUUGGGGCUGUGGUGCAGUGACUCUGGGUGUCUGGCUUUUAUCUUUGGCCCUGGCGGCGCCUCCGUCUCUCUACACUCGCUACCUGGACCUGCGCCCCAGCGGCAUUGACCUGGUGGUCUGUGAGGAAUUCUGGCCCGACAGUGGCAAUCUACGGCUGUUAUACUCCUGCUUCAUUCUGAUAACCUCCUAUAUGAUCCCACUGCUGUCAGUCAGCGUGUCCUACUGUGCCAUCACAGUUAGCCUGAAACGCUAUUCGGUACCUGGGGAGCCCGCCAGUAGUCAACAGCGCUGGAGCCAAAGAAGAAAGAAGACKUUUUCUCUGCUGGUGGCCUCAGUGCUGGCCUUUGCUCUGUGCUGGCUGCCUCUCCAGGUGCUGAACCUGUUGCUGGACCUGGACCCGGACUUCCUCAUAAUAGGAAAACGCUACAUAAACGUCCUGCAAGUUUGCUGCCAUUUAGUGGCCAUGAGCUCUGCCUGUUACAACCCAUUCAUCUACGCUUCACUGCACAGCAAGGUGCGCAUGCAUCUGAAAGGCUACCUCUGUCCCUGUCGCAAUCGUCCGGGGGAAACGGUGGAGAGACCGACCUCCAGGAGCUGAACUUUUACUGUGACCUCCGUCACCCCACCUGACAUGCAGCUCAUCCUGUAUCCACGAAAUCCAUUGUAGCAAAUGUGUAAUGUGAUAAAAAGAAAAAAAUGGAACAUCUGCUAAGUGUUCCUUGUUUUCAUGCUUAAUCUUCAUUUUGUUACUUCAAGACCUUGUCGUCUCUCAUUACUCACCAGAACUAUUUGCUACAUAAGGCUUCCUAGGACAAACAGGCAACAAAGCAGUAGAUUCGGACCAGAUGGUAUGACGAUGGAGAGGACCAAGAUGAGGCCAUCUAUGGUGACGUUUGUGCUGUUCUUGGACAAUUAAGCUGCGUCUGUAGACAUUAAGCAGAACCAGAAGCUUUAAAACUCCCAGCAGAGGCAAAAACCAGCUCUCAGCUGCUGUGCAGGAGACUCAUGCUGGAGGCUGAUACCAGCYUGGUUGCAUUGGUUAAAAGACCUGAUUAGACUUGAAGUAAACACUUCAGAGAGCUGGAUGAAUAAUGAAUUCCUCUCACUAGAUAUGGAUUACAGGCCAAGA